AUGGCCACAUCGAUUGUUAACCAAUUCAACAAUGUUAUUGACAACGAAGGCGCCAGCAGCAGCAGCAGGCAUUUGGAGCUACAUCACAACUUGAAGCCGAUCCAAACUGACAACUGGAGUUGUGGACUGAUGACCAUUUACUUUGCCGACAAGAGUGGAUACUCACCGACCAACGAAGAAGAGGAUGGCUCCACAAAGAGAACGCAGCAGGCGAAUAACAAGAAGUGUCGGUUGUCAACCAAGUCCAACACACCAGAGACAACCUCCACUUGUAGAUCAAAGAGCAGCGUGAGUGAACUGAAGCAGCAUCAGUCAGCAACCAAAAGAAAGGCAUCAUCAUUGCCAUCAACGACAACAACAACAACAACAACUGCUACACAGAACAAGAAGCCCAAGACAACGACAACUGCUGCUGCACAGACCAAGAAGCACAAGACAUCAACGACAACAACAACAACAACAACAACUGCUGCUAGUAAGACCAAGAAGCACAAGACAACAACCACAUCUUCGCCAUCCAACAUGCCAUUCAACUUUACAACUAAACAACAUCGAUGA